AUUCGCGAAUUUGACUUGGCUUUGCAGUUUCUGCGCAGCCUAUGCGCACAUUAUACGCUCUCUGCCUAUAUACCUUACUAACUAUACACACACACAUAUAGGUGGUACGUGUCUCUCUCUUUUUUGCCAAGUGCAUCGUACCUAUAGAGAGACUGUGCGCGCGAGCGGGAGAGCUGUGCCAUGCACUGAACACACCACGGAGCGUCGACUGCCAAUUGCUUUCGCGUGCCUUGUGUGCUGUGCUGCAAGCAGCGUGCGGUCCGUGUAGCUAUGUGUUUCCCGCGCGGAUUCGUCGAGUUGUUGAUAUUUUGCUGAGCGAGAGGCAAAGACAACGAGAGUAAAGAAAAGACGGAAAAAAAAAGUAACAGCGCAGAGAAAACAAAAAGGAGCCGUUUGACCGACGACUCGGAGCUCCGCGAGCUGCCGCUCUGCCACCGCCACCGAGCCGAGCUAACUAAUUCAAAUAUGUGGCUUCGGAGCGAACACUUGAGUCGACGGCUGCGUGGUCGUUGUACCACUAGUACUGCUAAGGGACCCGAUCGGAAGGUACAAACGGGCAAUGUGCGAAAAUCUCCGGCUAUUAUCAAUAGCAGCCAACGUGUGCACACAACCAGUAAAUGUGGCCGACUGUCACGAUGGCAGCGUCGAUCGCCUAAUCUUUUAAAAGAGGCAUGCAAAGAGAAUGUUUUACAUUUUGCUAAGACUACCCCAAUCAGAAGAGAAAAAGGACCCCGUAGAAGAAAAUGUAUCAAACGUUCCAUGGUAACUUCUACACCACUAAAUCGAGCUUUACCCAAGGAUCAAAUAAUUCCUGUUCAAACUAGUAUCAAAGAAGAAGCAUCCAAAGUUUCUGAAGAGUACAAAGAAAAUUGGAAUUUUGAAUCUGUUUAUUCUAAUCCAGAACCCGUUUGUUCAAUACCCAACAACACCCAAUCAACGAUUAUUUCAAUUCCUGAAUCUAUUUCACCCUCUGUAGAUGAAAUAGAUCUAUCUAGUUUUUUGACAGAAGAAGAAUUUAAGGUAAUCUCUCUAUGUUUAGAUUUCCUGACCAUCGACUAUCCUGCCAUAAGUUCAACAGUGGACCAAUCCAAUGAGUACUUCAAUGCUUUGAAUGCAACUUCAAUGAACAAUAGCGAACGAUACUUCACCUCUAGUAAUCAAGUGAAUAACAAUGAGAAUAACGGCAAUCAAUUUUGCAUAGAUACAAAUGAUCCUUCAAGAUUUGAUUCUACAAUAGCAUACACGGCCUCACAUUUUGAUAAUUUAUCAAACAUUGAUUUGUCAAAUACUUUAGCUAGCUCAGACUCCAAUGGAAAUAUUCAAAAUACUUAUGGAUUGGAAGAAAGUAGUUUAUACCAAGCUUCAUAUCCAAAUUGUAAUAAUGUAGAAACAAGCUGUGAUAAUAUGGUGGCCAGUGUCCAGGAUGAUAGAGAUACAUUUGAUCCAUAUGCUUUCAUUAAACAUUUACCACCAUUAGAGCCAGCCAUGAAGGCCCGAAAACCGGCUCUUCCAUUUAAAACACGGAGUGCUCCAGAAUUUUGUUUAGUUUUAGAUUUGGAUGAAACUUUGGUGCAUUGCAGUCUCCAAGAACUAUGCGACGCCUCUUUUCGUUUUCCAGUAGACUUCCAAAAUGUCACCUACACAGUUUUUGUCAGAACAAGGCCAUUCUUCCGAGAAUUUCUCGAACGCGUAUCGUCCCUGUACGAAGUUAUUUUGUUCACAGCAAGUAAAAGGGUGUAUGCAGAUAAAUUAUUAAAUUUAUUGGACCCUGAAAGAAGAUUAAUCAAACACAGAUUGUUCAGGGAUCAUUGCGUUUGUGUGAAUGGAAAUUAUAUCAAAGAUCUUUCAAUUUUGGGUAGAGACUUAUCAAAAACAAUCAUCAUUGAUAACAGCCCACAAGCAUUUGGAUAUCAGCUAGAUAAUGGUAUUCCAAUUGAAAGUUGGUUUGCUGAUCAAUCUGAUAGUGAAUUAAUGAAAUUAAUUCCAUUUUUGGAAAAUGUUGUACAAGAGGGAGGAGAUGUCAGACCCAAGAUCAGAGAACACUUCAAACUUUACAGUUUGCUACCUCCAGAUUGAAAGUUCAAUCUAUAAUUUAUUCUAGGGUACUACACACAUACUAAUUUUAUAAUUGGCAAUAAUAUUCAAGUGUUAUUAUUGAAACUCUACAAAGAGUUAAAAAAUUAGAAAACACAUCUACAUUUUGAACUCCCUAUUGAUCAGUCUAUCCGUGCAUUAUACUCUUACUUGUGCACACACAUAUAAAUUGAAUUAUUGUGACGGAUCAUCAACAGAGAGUACAAAAGUUUAAAAUUAACAAUUGGUCUGUGAGUAAAUGAAAACGCAAAAAACUUUUAAAAUUUUCUCUAAUAACAGAAAAUUUUAAACAUUGUAUUACAAUUUACUCAUAUGAAUCACAGUUGAACAUAAAAGUAAUAUUGUUUUCACAUACUAGCCUGAGAUAAGCAAUAUAGCUUAGGAAAGAUUUUUUAUUGUACAUUUAUUUGAAUUAUUUCAAAUAUUUAAUAUGCGCACUAUCGUUAUCUUUUUCUAAUGAACUAUCAAUUUAUUUUUUUGAAA